UUCUCCAAAUAUGGCUAACCAAAUGAGCUUCUUCUUCUUCUUCUUCUUCCAUUUGUUCACUCAAAGAUCAAGUGCAGGCAGCUAUAAUGUGCUUAGUUUUGGCGCCAAACCCGAUGGAAAAACCGACUCAACGCAGCCAUUUCUCAAGGCGUGGAAAUCAGCUUGUACCUCCCCCACAGCAUCCACCAUCAUCGUCCCCAAGGGAAGGUUUUUGCUGACGUCCACCACAUUCAGAGGCCCAUGCAACAGCCACAUCACAUUUCGCUUGAAUGGAACGCUUGUCGCACCUCUCGAUUACCGCGCCCUCGGAAAUUCUGGGUAUUGGAUUUUGUUCAUCAAAGUUGAUGGAGUUUCUGUCGUUGGCGGUAACAUUGACGCAAAGGGCGCUGGGUACUGGGCCUGCAAGAAAUCUGGAAACAAUUGCCCCGCAGGAGCCAGGUCGAUGACGUUUAACUGGGCAAACAACAUCGUGAUAAGUGGAUUAACGUCAAUCAAUAGCCAACAAACUCAUCUUGUAAUAAAUAGUUGCAACAAUGUAAAGGUGAAGAAUGUGAAGGUAAUGGCUCCAGACCAAAGCCCCAACACUGAUGGCAUUCACGUUCAGUCAUCCACUAACGUAAUGAUCACUGGAAGCACCCUCCAAACUGGGGAUGAUUGCAUUUCUAUUGGAGAUGGAACCAAGAAUCUAUUUAUGAGUAAUAUCAAAUGUGGGCCUGGCCAUGGUGUAAGCAUUGGAAGCUUGGGAAAAGAGUUGGAGGAAAAUGGAGUGGAGAAUGUAACAUUGACAAAUGCAGUGUUCAUUGGAUCCGAUAAUGGUGUGAGGAUUAAGACAUGGCCUAGGCCUAGCAAAGGUUUCGUAAAAAAUGUUCUAUUUCAGAACAUCAUUAUGAACAAUGUCCAAAAUCCCAUCAUAAUUGAUCAAAAUUAUUGUCCCAACAACCAAGGCUGUCCUCUCCUGAGUUCUGGACUGAAGAUUAGUGGAGUGAGUUACAAAAAUAUUAAAGGGACAUCUGCAACGCCAGAGGCUGUGACAUUUGACUGCAGUCCUACCACUCCAUGCAGUGACAUACGAUUGGAAGAUAUCAAGCUUACGUAUAAAAACAAGGCAGCAACAUCCUCAUGCAAGAAUAUUGGUGGAUCAACUAUCGGAAUACUCAUGCCUGAGAGUUGCUUAUGAUGAAAUAAUACAAAAGUCAUUUAAAUUAAACAGAACAAUUCAAUUAAUUAGUCCAAUGCUGGACUUUCUUUUCAUGAUUUGUUUGA